AUGGCGCCGAAUAAAGAUUGGAUGGACCUAGUAGAUGAUGAUAGACUUGAUCCAAAAUAUAAAGAAGGGGUUGAUCAGUUUUUAGACUAUGCAUAUGAGAAGCUGUUGGAUAGUUUUAAUGAAAAGGAUGAAGACUUUGAAAUUCGAUGUCCAUGUGUUAAAUGCAGCAAUGUGAAGUCUGGUAAUCGUGAGUCGGUAAAGACCCACUUGAUUGUUCAUGGAAUUAUUAAAAACUACAGAUUUUGGUGUCAUCACGGCGAAAGACAGGGUGAGUCCAUUUCGGAGUUUGAUGAAGAACAAGAAGAAAUGAUAGAAGAAAGCCAGAGUGACGAUGAAAUGCAAGAAAUGAUUGGAGAUUUAUUUCAUAAUUCAACUGGCGUUGUUGCACCUGAUGCCACGUCGAGUCAGGAUAUUCUUGAGCAGGAACCAGAUGGACAUGCAAAACAAUUCUACAGUCUUUUAGGUGACUCCGAGAAACCUUUGUAUGAAGGCUCUAAAUGUUCAAAGUUAUCUGCUUUAGUGAAAUUACUUCACAUAAAGAGCCUAAAUAGGUGGAGUAAUAAAUCAUUCUCAAUGUUGCUCCAGUUUUUGAAUGAGGAGCUAUUGCCAGGGGAAUCAACACUGCCUAAUUCGUAUGACGAGGCCAAAAAAUUAAUCCGAGACCUUGGCCUAUCAUAUGAAAAAAUUGAUUCGUGUCCAUUCUCUUGCAUGCUGUUUUGGAAAAAUGAAGAAGGUCUUGAUACGUGUCAGAGAUGUGGUGCUUCUAGAUGGAAACUUGAUAAACAUGGAAAAGAGAUCAAGCGAAAGGCAAAUGGUAAAAAAAUACCACAAAAGACAUUGCGAUAUUUUCCUCUUAAGCCACGAUUGCAAAGGCUUUACAUGUCUUCGAAGACAGCUUCUGAUAAGAGAUGUGGUGCUUCUAGAUGGAAACUUGAUAAACAUGGAAAAGAGAUCAAGCGAAAGGCAAAUGGUAAAAAAAUACCACAAAAGACAUUGCGAUAUUUUCCUCUUAAGCCACGAUUGCAAAGGCUUUACAUGUCUUCGAAGACAGCUUCUGAUAUGAGAUGA